AUGGCCAAGCCUGUGGCGCCCGCCGCUGCUGAGCAAGUUGAGCGCGUAAGCGGGCGCGAACUGUCGACAAGGCUUUUCCUCGAACGGUAUGCAGCGGACAGCAGGCAGCCAGUCAUUCUGCUGGACCUGGUGUCCACCUGGCCUGCGUACCAAGAGUGGUGUCGGCCAGAUGGCGAGCCCGACUUGGCCAAGCUUGCGGCAGACUUCCGAGGUGUGACAGGCCCCGUGGUUGACUGCGGCCGCAACUACGACGUUGAAACAUGGGAUGUUGGGGACUAUUUCGACUGGGCGAGCCGUGCUUCGGGCCCGCGUGAAGGCGAGUCUUUGUAUCUCAAAGAUUGGCAUUUGGUACAGGCCUGCCGAUCACAAGGGGUGAAGGUGCCAUAUGAAGCUCCUGGCUAUCUGGCAGCGCCGUUGCAGGACUGGCUGAACCUGCACAUGGAUUCAGCUGGCAGAAAGGACGACUACCGCUUCUCCUACGUUGGUGUUGCGGGAACGCGAACGCCACUACACCACGAUGUGCUAUUCUCACACUCCUGGUCUGCGAACAUCUGUGGCCGAAAGCACUGGAUCUUUUACCCGCCGGAGGUGAGCAGCAACGUUCUGGACUCGUUGGGGAACGCAGCUGAAAGCGCACACCCUCAACGCCGGGUGGAUGGCUGGCAGGGGCAGUUCCCUGGGCUCCAGCAAGCCUGGGACAUGAGGCUGGAGGCUUUCCAAGAAGAGGGGGAGAUCAUGUUUGUGCCCAGUGGAUGGUAUCAUGAGGCGAGCCGGAGUGACGCCAAUCUGCAAUCGAAGUGUGUGGAUCUGCCGUCAUUUAUGCUUGCGUUAGUGCUGCCUGCUCCUACUGUUUUAGAAAGGCUUUUCUUUGCGGUGCUGGCGUUGGGAAUGAAUGCCAAGCAGCCGCCAGUUGCUGCAACUUCCUGCACCGACAGGUAG